CGGAGCGCGAUGUCGAUCUCGUAAUAUAAAAACACUGUAAUUGCGCGAGUGCCCUACAUGGCUAAAGUUAUACAGAUUACAUAUAUAUAACACAUUAAAUUCUUCAAGACUGGUUUUCAUAGAUGUGGGACAGAAUAAAAAAAAAAAACACGCUAAAAAAAUAAUAAAAAAAAGGCUUCUGAUUUAGUUCCGUAGCCGCCGCUACGAAAAUCGCUGUUUAACAUUUGCCAUAAGCACUGCUGAUCUUCCCUACAAUCUCUGGUAAAUGAUUGUAAAUUGAUCACAACAAUUACCAAAGUAAUUAUCAAAAUAACAAUAGUCUGCAUUGUUGACAAUUGUCAAUUCUUCAAAUGUUCUCUGAUAGUUUUGUUGACGUACGUAAAAUCUACUGGUACAGAAUUUAUACAAUGAAUCCACCAGAACUCACGGCACAUACCACUCAUACUGGAUCACCUCUAGGUACCCAAUUUUCUAAUUGAGGAAACACGCCAACGUAAGUCGCACUCCUAAACUGCUUAACAGAGCGUUAAAAUCAUUCAUGAUUAACCAUUAGAGCUAGUUAUUGAUCAGCUGUUGCACCUGCAUUUACACGACUUGCAUUUAGUGAAGCUUGACGACAGGCUGCCUCCUUUGCUCUUGGACGAAUAAUUAACUGACAAGAGUCAUGUCUGAGCAUGCACAUGUGUUCGGUAAUGACUGUUUGCAAGCGAUAUUUCAAAGAAACAGUCAUACUGAGGAAUGCACAAAUUGUCGAAAGGCAAAGGACACGUAGUCUGGUAUGUCAGUCUACAUGAGGUCAAGAACCUUCCAGAGGAAACAAAGGAAAAUUUAAUAUACCAAAGCUAAGAUAAUCAAAACUAGAGGCUGUAGCCAGUAGUUGAGGAUAAGUAAAGAUUGAAAUGUAGAUGUCAAGUGAUUGGGUUGUGAGACGAGUGGAGAAUGAAUGUAACUUGAGAGAGAGAGAGAGCCACCAGAAGAGACAAUGACUCAUAUGCAACAGCACAUACUUGCCAGUGCAAUUAUUCUGGCACUCGUCGUCGUCUGUGGUAUUCAUGUCUUCUUGUUCCCUAUGUACACCUCCAAUCCACCAAUGAGGCACACCAAAGUCUCGGUUUAUGAACAGGCAUUGUGCAGGGCUAAUCCUAAGCACGUGAAGAUGCCUGUUGAGUGGAAGAAUCCCUGCCCCAUGUAUGGAAUCGUCUCUGCUGUUCAGGGUGGACGUUUGGGUAAUCAAAUUUGGGAGUACGCAUCUGUCUGGGCAACCGCCAGGAGAACUGGCCUCGAACCCUUCAUGCCCAGGUGCAUUCUCAAGACUUUACAGCAGUACUUUGAUAAUUUGAGCAUUCCACCAUUGAGUUACAUCGGAAGGUGCACUCUGGAUAUUGGACAGGUCGUCAAUUCCCCGGGGCAGUGGAAUAGCACUGACCAAAAUAUUAUCAUUCCGAGGCAUGCAGCAUACUGGAGUCUGAUUCUGGGAUGGCUUGACGAUAUCCGAAGGGAAUUUACCCUCAAGCCAUCCCUGAAAAAAUAUGCAGAGAUUCGUUUAGCCAAUAUUGCAAGCACCUUUAAUAAAAGCUCGCCAACAUUUGUAGGCAUUCACGUGCGAAGAACAGACUACGUCGAUUAUCUUUGGCAAAAAUUUCAAGUUCGAGCUGCGCCAGUUGAAUAUUACCUGUCAGCGAUGGGAUACUUCAGUAAAAAAUACAAGAAUGUCUUAUUUAUCGUGGCGAGUGACUCAAUCAGGUGGUGUAAAUAUAAUUUACGUAGCAGUAGUCACAAAAUCACUUUCAUUUCUGAUAUUGAGGCACGGGGAGUGGGCAGGGAUUUGGCAGUGCUCGCUGCUUGCAAUCACAGUAUUAUUGAUUAUGGCACUUAUGGAACUUUUGCAGCGAUCAUGGCUGCUGGUGAAACCGUUGUUUACAAUGUCUCAUCGUAUUUUUCGACUAUGAUUGCUGAGGUACUGCCCAAUUGGCACAUCAUGAGUUGAAUUACACGUUUAUUGCCGAUUAUUAAGGAUGUUUAUCCCCCUUUUCAUGACAUGUUUGUAUAACAAAUUAUUCCAUAUAUUUUCAGCUGAUGAAGAAACACGUAAAGAAAUUUUCUAAAAUUGAAAAAAAAAAAAAA